AUGAGGACCGUGGGGCUGAGCCUGGGGCUGGCGCUGCUCUGCUUGCUGUGUGCGGAGGCUGAGGACCUUGGGGCUGUGGGGCUGGACAAGAGCAAGAUUGAAGGGAAAUGGCACAUCAUUGCUCUGGCUUCUGACUCUGAGGGCUACCUCCGAAAGAAGGACGAGCUGAAGAUGGCGAUGGCCACCAUCAAGGUCCUGGGAGGGGGUGACCUGAAGGCCUCCUUUGCAAUUCCCACCCCGGAGGGAUGUAAGAAAUUGGAGCGGACCUACAAGGAAACAGGCAUCCCGGGUGAAUACUACAGCUCUGAUGGAGACAACAGAACAGUGCAGGUGAUGGACACUGACGGCAAGACGUACGCAGUUAUCUUUGUCUCCAGAGUGAAGGAUGGGAAGACCUUGCGUAUGCUGAGGCUCUACAGCAGAACUCGGAAGGUGAGCCCCAAAAUCACAGCACUGUUCAAGAAGUUUGCAAGGGCGAAGAGCUUCACUGAUGAGAUGAUCGUGAUGCUGCCCAGCCAGGAGGAAUGCAGCCUCGAUGAAGCGUAG